AUGAAUAAUGUCGUUCAUCUUGUAUGGAUCAAUAUUAUUAUAGAUGUACUUGCUGUGCCAUCUCUUUUGGCCGAAUGCCCUGAUCCAACUGACCCAUUGAUCCAGCGUCAUCCACUGAACACUUGCCAUCCACUUGUAUCACAAACACUAGUUAAAAAUAUUUUUGGUCAAGUAAUUUUUCAGUUAUCUAUAUUGUUCUAUUUGCUUUUCCAAGGUGAUUUGCUUCUAAACAUUGAACCAGGAAUUCAUGUAAAAGACCCCUCACAGCAUUCUACAAUGGUUUUUAAUACUUUAAUAAUGAUGAUACUGUUCAGUAUAAUAAACGCUCGGAAAAUUUAUGGAGAGAGAAAUGUAUUUAGCAACAUCUUGAAUAAUACAGUUCUUUUUACUGUUUGGCAUAUGUGCUUUGUAUCGCAGGUUCUAAUAGUUCACUUUGGCAAGGCAGUAUGCCAUACAGAAGCAUUAGAUUUUGAUCAAUGGUUGUGGUCUUUGUUCUUUGGAAUUGGUGUUCUUGUAUGGGCACAGAUCAUCAGGACACUUCCCACAAGUUGUGUUAUACCUCAUACACUAUUUACAUACAGUGCAGAUACUCCACUAACAGAUAAGGAGUGGAAUUCUUUUCAAACUAAUAUUUGGAUUCGAGGGCCUGAAAGAACAAAAACAGAGAUUGAUGUAUUGUCUGAAAGACAUGGAAAAGUAUACCCAGACCUACGGCAGAAGAUGUGAAGUGAAUUGACAAUGGAUUACUUUUCC